GAGCUCGGGUUGUUCGGGCUCUGAGUGCUGGUGUGUUCCGACGAACUGUCCCCGUUCCGAGUGCCUUGGGUGCCCGCCGCCAGCAUGAAGGCUCGCCGCGCGCGGCAAAAGGCUCUCAAAGUAAAGAACUUAAAGAAUGUCAGGUAUAUGAAGUUGAUUUCCAUGGAGACGCCGUCCUCCUCCGAUGACAGUUGUGACAGCUUUGCUUCUGAUAAUUUUGCAAACACAAGACUGCAGUUCAACAGGGAAGGCUGCAGGACCCGAAGUCAGUGCCGGCACUCUAGGCCUCUUAGGGUAGCAAUGAAGUUUCCAGCACGAAAUACCCGGAGGGCGGCCAGCAAAAAAGCAGCGCCCCCAAAGCCCUCUGAGAGCUCUGUGAACGAUUCCCCCUCUGACUCUGAAGAAGAAGAUGGCAUGAACUUUCUGGAGAAGAGGGCCUUAAAUAUAAAGCAGAACAAAGCAAUGCUUGCAAAACUCAUGUCAGAAUUAGAAAGCUUCCCUGGCUUGUUCUCUGGAAGACAUUCCCUCCCAGGCCACAGAACCAAAGAUUCAAAGUCGCCUAGACGACGCACAUUCCCAGGUGUGGCUGCCAGAAGGAACCCGGAACGGAGAACUCGACCUCUUACCAGGUCAAGGUCCCGGAUCCUGGGCUCCUUGGGUGCCCUGCCCACCAAGGAAGAGGUGGAGGAAGAGGAGGAGGAAGAGGAUAAGUACAUGCUGGUGAGACAGAGGAAGUCCAUGGACAGCUACAUGAACGACGAUGAUGUGCCCAGAAGUCGGAGGCCUGGAUCCAUGACCCUUCCGCAUAUAAUCCGACCCGUAGAAGACGUCACAGAGGAAGAGAUUAGGAACAUCUGCAGCAACUCGAGAGAGAAGAUUUAUAACCGCUCUCUGGGUUCUACAUGUCAUCAGUGUCGCCAGAAAACCACUGACACCAAAACCAACUGCCGAAACCCAGACUGCUGGGGCAUCCGGGGCCAAUUCUGUGGUCCCUGCCUUCGAAACCGCUAUGGCGAGGAGGUCAAGGAUGCUCUGCUGGAUCCGAACUGGCACUGCCCGCCUUGUCGAGGAAUUUGCAACUGCAGCUUCUGCCGCCAGCGUGAUGGGCGCUGUGCCACCGGAGUCCUGGUGUACCUAGCAAAGUAUCACGGCUUCGGGAAUGUCCAUGCUUACUUGAAAAGUCUGAAGCAGGAAUUUGAAAUGCAAGCGUAGAGCCUGAAGAUUAUCUGCUCGCCUUCAGCCUCUGAAGGCUCGCUUGUUCUCGACGUUGUGUUGAUGGGAACCCGAGUAAGAAUCUCGGCCAUCAGUCUGCCUUAGAACUUGGUCGCGUUGAUCUCAUAGCUCACACUUGUUUCUGAAGCAUCAUGAAAGGCAUUCUGCUCCUUACAUUUCAGCUAUAUGUAGUGUCUCAGAGCUUGCCCCGGCCCCACCUUGUAGCCUCCCUGGUCUUUUGCCACCACUUAGAUUCUGAGCUAUCUUUAACUGGCAGCUUGAGAAUUUGUGUGAUCAGGACAUACCCAAGCACUUUGGGGUACAGUAGUAUUGUGAAGCAACGGUUGUGAUGAAUCGCAAAGAGCCCCUUAACUUGUUUACACAGAAUCAACGCACAUAGUUUAGUGUCUAGUGAUUAUAUUGGCUGAUGUUUUAAAUGGAAAGGGCCAAGGCACAAAGGGCCGGAAACCAUGAGGAAGAAUUAGGUAGUUGUUGUAAACUGGAGUAUGGCCACAUUGGAUGGCUUUCUUCUGGAGGAAUACAUCUCUGGGGUGCUGUGCUCAGUGUAUGUCUUGUCACAGCUGACACCGUUGCUGCUGUCAUCUGGCUUACCUAGUCACCCAAAGGUUUGUGGGAACUUGGUACCAUAAUUACUAAAAUUGCUGUAGAAAAGGCGUUCUGGGAAAAAUAAAGAUGAUAGCUCUGCAGCGGGUUGAUCUGAAACCUUGGUGUUCUGCUUCCAGAACUUAACCUUAAUGUCACUUUAGAUCCUGGCAGUUUCCUAAAGAGGUAACCCUGGGGGUUGUGUCCAGGGUUUCUAUAUAUUUAGGUUUGAAACACUUUUGGAAUGAUGGGAAGUGACCUUUUAGAGAUGGGUAGCUUUGAACCUCUCUACCAGUGUAGUUUAUGGGCGGGUGCCUGAAGUCACCCUCCCGCCCCUUUCCCUACAGGUGGGUCAUUCAGUACUGGUGACUAAGUGACUGAGUCCCUCACCUGUGUAGCCUGUCAGCUGUGCCUACUCUGUACUCUGUCUGUGGUGCUCAGUUGGAUCUUGAAUCGUUCAGUGUAAAUACAGCUUUUUGCUCUGUAAUGCUUUUAUACAAAGGUUUUUAUUUUAAUAAUAAAACAUUUUGUUCUAA